GCAACAGAGAUAGUUUAGCCUUAAACAACUUCCAACCUUUGAACCCGAAACCUUAAUUUUAAAACACAAUAAUAUAUCCCUUAAUAGUCGCCACAAAAAGAUCAAGGGGUUGCAAGGACAGGCGGACCUAGUGUCAGCUAUCAGGAGGGAAUGGGGAUUCCAGGUGUUACCCCCAGUAUUGUUCUGUGCUUCUUGAUGAUCUGCGACAUGCAUCACAUCUCUGUUGCCAUCUGCACUGUCAGCACCAGUGAGGAGCUCUCAGGAAACAACGAACUCAAAAGCAAUCUACUGGAAAACAUAAUAAACGGGUCACGGCCUACAGACACAGCGCCAACAAAUCGAUCGCAAGACAUAGACAUCAAUAGAUCACGACUUUCCAAGAGCUGGAAGUUCCCAGUGGCUGUGGUGGCAUCAGCGAUCUUCAUCUCCGUCUUCAUCGGCCUGGCAGCGAAAGGCAGACUCAUCCACCGCUACCUGGCCAGCUACCGGCACACCCUGCUACCCGAGGUGGAUGCGGUAAGUCAGGGAGUCCCCGUGGGCCAGGAGAUGAGCCUCUCCGGGUAUGACGCGGCGGAUCUGGGACGACACGGCGGCGCCUGCGAGGAGAUGGACGAUGACGGCUUCAUCGAGGACAACUACAUCCAGGACUGUGAGCGGGAGCGGGCUCAGAGGGCCGCUGAGGAGGAGGAGGAGGAGGAAGACGGGAGCGCUGAUGUUCAUUUUUCCAUCGGUUAACGACUUUCAAAGAGGAGGAAAGAGAAGAUACAGUCCCAGCCCUGGGUGCCUCCGGAAAUCUGACCCUUCACUCAGGCGAUAUUUAUUCGAAAUAUGGCCGAUUCACACUGUUUUUACGUGCUGUAGGAAACUGUGAGGCCGGGAGCCGUGAGCUGUUUCCGAACGUGGAUGGAUUUAUGUAGGCGUGACCUAUGCUGCUUAAUAUUCUAUGAUAUGCACAAUUUUAAAUAAUAUGCGUCUGUAGUUCUAAUGACAGGAAUUUUGUCCACACACUCCACUGGUAACGUACAAAGUCAGAACUACCAGGCCAUACUGAUUUAUAAAAAUUGCUUUUUUCAGUCUUCCUAAAUUUCAUUUUUAAUCAUUUAAGGCAAAGUCACGGGCAGGUAGAAUUUAAGUAAGAAAAUUAAUUCAGGAGACUAAAUAUAGAUUUUAUCUGUGCUGUUUAUCUACUUGAUCCUUCUUACCGUAAUCUCUGGACUUACAGAGGCUGGACAGAAUGUAGUAUAUCACUAUCAAGGAACCCAGGAAGAGUAUAGCCAGUCUUUGCAUUCAAAAAAUCUUCACUCCUACUUGGAAUGGUGUCAUACUAGUCCUGCAGUUCUUUGAGGGAUUAAGUUACUAUCCACGACUCCCCAUAAAGGUGGUUUGAUAUUCUGAUAUGGUGAUUGACAGUGUUGGCCGUUUCAGAUCCAGAAGCCACAAAUCCAGACCAAGAUUUUGUUUCUACCAGCCAGUUCAGUAUAAACAGUCACAGUCACAGAGGACUCACCUGGUUGGUAGAAACAAAAUCCUGGUCUGGAUUUGUGGCUUCUGGACCUGAAAUGCCCAACACUCGUGACUGGGGAGGUAAUGGAAGGUGUUUGACUCCCUGGUGUUCAUGAAUCCACUUUAGUAUUUGUUUAGCUUUCUGACUGGGGGCAUUAUCAUCUUAGAACAAGGAAACAUUAUGACAGAAGACUGUUUACAGCACAUGGUGCAGAUGGUCCUUUAAAGCUGCCUCAUAAUCCUUAGCUGUUAUAUGACCAUACAGAACAAUCGUAAGACCUAAGGCCUCGAGUGAGACAGCUGCCCACACCAGCCGACGCUGUGGGUCGAAAGCAUCCUUUUAUGAGAGAAUCGACGGUAGUAGUCAAUAGUGAUAGGAUUGCCCAGCAGCGAUAAGGGAAUUUCUGGCCGAUACCAAUAGUCGCUUAUUUCAAAAACUGAUACCGAUGCUGAUUGUAUGGGAAGUUCUGCUUAAACAAAAUUAAAUGGACACUCCACCCAAAUAAAUUUAAAAAAAUAAGUUAAUUACAUUAUAAAAAAAAAUUUACAACAGUCCCAGAGCACUAUAUUUUAUAACCGUAUACAUCUUCUACAUUUAUAACAGUACAACAGAUCAUUAGUGCGAUAAACUCCGUAAUUUUCCGAGCGAUACCUUUUGAUUGUGCACUGCCUGCAUUGGAUUUUCUUUCACUAUCAGUCGCUUGCAUUUCUGAUAGACUAGUGUGAGUCACCAGCACUGCAGCCCUUAUUCAUCGGAACGGAUUCGCUUUUCAGAAGCUCUUCACUGACUCAUUUUAAGGUGAGUAAUCAAAUUUGUUGUGUUGAAAUCAUGGGCGUCGCCACCAUUAAAUCUGAGGGGGGACGUGUCCCCCUCUUAUAAUUAUUCGUUUGGACGCCCCCCACAUUUAACAUAAAAUAUUAGUUUUAUGCCAGUGUCCCCCACCCCCCACAUUGAAAAUGCUUCUGAUACCCCUGGUUGAAAUGCUUAUUAAUAGAUCUUCUUUGUGAAAUGUUUCCUGAGGAAUGUUUGCAAAAUGCAUUUCCAGUCACAGGAUUUUGCCAGGUCUCACACAUCCGGCAUGAGACUCAGGCUCUCACGGUCAAGCAAGAAAUCUUACAGCAAAUCUAUAUUAUUCCAUUAUAAACUUAAAAUUACCUACAUCAAAGGCCUUGAGGUAGUUUACAAACCCUACAGACUAUUUACAAGGUAAUAAAAGCCGUACAUAGAUGUAAAUGAUUGAGUGGACUUGUCUAGAAUUGAAAGUCUCACACCGGUUGGGUGACCAAAAUUGGUGAUCUUGUAUCGGUCAAUAGUCUAUGGAUAGUUUAUUGAGAAGCUCAAGAGACAAAGUAGCGAAGUAAGAGAGAAAGCAAAGAGAUGAGACUCAGGAUCCCGCCAGGUAAACUCUUUUAUCCCCCUGGGGGGGGGGGGGGGGGGGGGGUGACCCUGUUCUUAAAUAUUCUUGAUACACGAUGCUUUAAUGAAAAGAAGGUUCUGAAAUCUCCAGGAGUCCAUCUGAUCAGAGCCUGCGCAUGCGAAUCCGUUUACAGAUACAAGCGACCUUGUAGGUUGGUACUGAGCCGGCUGUCAGGUGUCUGUCUCAGUCCUAGAGACCCCAGUUAGUCUAAACCACAGUCAGACUGAAGGCUGUCAAACUAUAAACUAGGAUAAAGAGAACAACAGAGAAACCGGAAGGUUGCGGUGACCCUGCACACACACACAAUUAAGAUGAAUAAUAGUUAAUCACAGAGUCUGAUAAUUAAUAUAACCCCAAAUGAUGAGCGAGCGAUUUCACACUUUAGUCUCUGCCAAACACAAAGCUGUCCAGAUGUGCGUAUGAGGGUGACUCAUCUGUUUCACAUGAGCUUACGUAUGUUCGUGCAUCAGCAUUAGGUAAACGCUGUUUCAAAGCACAAGUCCUGCCAUCAAGCUUCGCGAAGGUCGUAAAGUGCAGUUUUUGCUGAGACUAGGUCAUAAAGGAGCUGAUUCAGUUUUCAGUUUCUCCGACUGUACUGUUCUGCGUGGUGUUUAGCAAAUAUUCAGUGAAAUGCAUUGCCGUCCGCUUCCCUUUCUCCCGUGACCAAAGGCCCUCCAGUUCAAUGCUCAUUUUCAGACCUCUUUUAUAGCUGUUGUAUCCCUUUGCAGAUGCUUUUGUAAUUAUAAUUCUGUCACAUCAACGUUAAAAUUGAUUUUUUUCAUGAGCCGUUUUUUUCUCAUCACCUGUACGUCUGUAUAGUGAAAAGAAAGCGAAGUGACAAGUCUGCCUGACUGCUGUACUUCUUUAUACAUUAAAAUGCAAAUCUAGAUAUAA